CAUUACUUUUUUUUCUGGUCAGCACUGGAUAAACAACCACAAUGCGAAGUGUAGUAGUGGUUCCAGAGUGCUUGAUGGACACAAGAGGACAGAAAAGAAACUAGUGAGGAAACAAAGUGGCUUUAAUGCUUUCACAAGGGAGUUUCUCCACAAAGAACAAACUGGUGGAAGUGCAGAGGUCUUUCGCACCAUCGGAGAAAAGUGGAGGAACUUGUCUGACUCAGAUAGAGAUGCCUACAAAAAGGUGGCAACAGAUUCAGGGUCAGCUGUGUCACUACCCUCAGCUGAUAAACAAGCCAAGAAGAUAAUUGGCAACAUCAUGAAACAGGUUGCAGAACUGGAAACACUUGGUGGUCAUGCACUGAUGUUAUGUGCUUAUGAUGGUGUUUGUUACCAAGGUUCAGCUGGGAUUGGUGACAGCCUUUUAAAAACAAACAUCAUGGAAACAUUUGCAAGUAGAUUACACUGUAAUUCCCUGGUGGAAAAGCAAGACGUGUCAGUAAAACAUCUACAAGAAGUGUUCAACUUCAAAUACAGUGAACUUGUCGGAAACAGAGGAAGUAAAAUGCCUUACGCUAAGAUACAGCAAUUGGGAAUUUCAUUUAAUAACCUUCCCUUGGAUUUAAAGAAAGAGAUUGGUGUUAUUCCGCGUAAACCGUCUCUUUACGGAAGCGGCCAGCGCCGAAAGCUGUGGCUCGCCCGUCAUGACUGGAGCUUUGGUAUUUCUUUGCCUGUACCCUCCAUGGAUAGUUGCACGACCCCUUCAGCCACCACUCACACAUCAACUUCUCCUACGCCCACUCCUUCCCUUGUUAAUUCGUCGACCUCCUGUUAAUUAGUACUCCCGGUUUAAGUUAAAAACCACUGCUAUUCACAACCGUAACAAUACCAACUCACAACAAACUAACUACUAAUAGAACUUACAAAACACCUCAGUCGAAAAGAUGAA